UCUUUUUGUUGUUUUCAAUAUUAUAUAAUAUUUUUGUGUAUCCUGUAUGUGAAUUUUGGAAUAGGAUGAUGGUUCUGAUACUUACACAGUCACACCAAUAUUAGUUUUAUGCAGGACUUUAGUUUCCAUUGUUUCUGGGUUUCUUUGAAAUGCUUUUGUUCUUUGGUUUUGAUUUGAUUGGUGAUUGCUUACACAUUUCGUGUUAAACUUAAAUCCAAGGGCUUUGAUAUUCUAUUUGAAAUUGAGUAUCUUAUUGAAUUGUUGUUGCUUCUGAGUCAUGCAUUUUGUAUGUUUCUUUUUGUUGUGUUGGUGAAGUGUCAUGCUUGUAGUUGUUAAUACUAAUUGUAUGUUAGUAAUUUAAUUAAAAAAGGCAAAAUAUAAACCAAAUUAUGGUGUUUGGUUUUGGUUUGGCAUGUAUUGGAUCUGGGUUUAUUGUAUUCUUUUGUGAAAAGGACUCUAGAUGGAAGAGCAACAUUCUCAAGGUAGGCAGAUUAUUGAAAUCAGUGUGGAUGUUCCUACUGGAGAGGGGAGCACUGUAGGGGGUAAGUUUUGUGGGGAAGCACCCUGUGGAUUCUCGGAUGCUGUAUCCAACUCUAAGGAUGCUAAAGAACGAUCAAGUUCGAUGCGCAAGCUUUUAAUCGCAGUGGCACUUUGUGUUGUCUUCAUGAGUGUUGAAGUAGUUGGUGGCAUCAAAGCUAAUAGUCUUGCAAUAUUGACUGAUGCAGCACAUUUGCUUUCAGAUGUUGCAGCUUUCGCUAUCUCCUUGUUCUCCAUAUGGGCUGGUGGCUGGGAAGCUACUCCCCGUCAGUCCUAUGGAUUUUUUAGGAUUGAGAUCCUUGGUGCUUUGGUUUCUAUCCAACUCAUUUGGGUGCUUGCAGGGAUUUUGGUAUAUGAAGCCAUUGUUAGACUUAUUAAUGACACAAGUGAGGUGAAUGGCUUUCUAAUGUUUCUUGUUGCUACAUUUGGUUUGGUGGUUAAUAUCAUCAUGGCUGUGUUAUUGGGCCAUGAUCAUGGCCAUGGACAUGGUGAACAUGGUCAUAGUCAUGGUAUUAGCCACAGCCAUGGAAUGACAAUUUCUGCUCAUCAUCAUCAUGAGGAGCACCCAGGAGAUGAGCAUCAUCAUGCUCAUGACGGUCCUGCACACCAACAUGCUCAUGAAGAUCCUUCACACCAUCAUGGUCAUGAAGAUCCUGCACACCAACAUGCUCAUGAAGAUCCUGCACACCAUCACGCUCAUGACCAUCAUGGAGAUCUUGCUGAGCCACUGCUGGAUAAACCAGAAAAUGCACAUGAAAAGAAGAAAAGGAACGUAAAUAUACAGGGAGCUUAUCUCCAUGUACUCGGGGAUUCCAUCCAGAGUAUCGGAGUAAUGAUUGGAGGGGCAAUCAUAUGGUAUAAGCCUGAGUGGAAGAUAGUUGAUCUGAUAUGCACCCUAAUCUUUUCUGUUGUAGUAUUGGGGACUACAUUCCAAAUGCUGCGGAGCAUUCUCGAAGUCCUGAUGGAGAGCACACCUAGAGAAAUUGAUGCAACAAAGCUCGAGAAGGGGCUAUUAGAAAUGGAGGAAGUGGUGGCCAUUCAUGAGCUACAUAUAUGGGCUAUCACGGUGGGGAAAGUCCUGUUGGCAUGCCAUGUCAAAAUCAGGCCAGAAGCAAAUGCAGACAUGGUGCUAGACAAUGUGGUAAACUAUAUCAGAAGGGAAUAUAACAUCAGUCAUGUAACUGUACAGAUAGAGCGUUAGCAGGCUCUUUACAGGGGAAAUUAUCAUGUGGGGAAGUUUAAAUGUGUCCAUGCCUCAUAUUUCUAAGUCACUGCUUCAUACUCUUUCUGGUAGUAGGUGUCACACUUCUUAAAGGUGGGACUGAUUUUAAGCAGCAGAUUUCUCUCAUUUUAUCAAACCUGCAAAUGUUUAGUAUCUAAGAACUUCUCUUUUGUGCCUUGGAAUUUACGUAUAUUAUUUCCUUUAGCUGUUAAA